AUGUGCUGGUUGGCCAAGGCUUGUGCGGGUGAGGAGUUCACGGAAGAGGAGCGAAAGGUAGGUAAUAUGGUGAGGACGGGUGUUGUACCGCUUAUUGAGGAUGAGGGAUGGGUGCCUGGAAUGGAACUGCAGAGUCAGCUUUUCCCUCCAGCUCCCACGGUUGUCAAAGAGGAGGAUACCGCUGAGUCGACGGUUGCUGGAGCACCUGUCAGAUGCAGGUGGGUGUACUUCGACUUCUCGGCAUUGUCUUUGAAGACCCUAAAGGAUCUUGCGACCACCACACUUCCCCAAGACUUCACCAAUUUCAUAUCAACCGACGACGCCCUCUCCGCAUUCAUCUUCCUCUCCGUUCUACGCGCAAGACAAACACGUCUACCUCCAUCCACACCAGCAACACUCGCACGCGCCGUCGACGCCAGACGCUACCUAAACAUCCCCCCCAACUACCCCGGCAUCCUACAAAACAUGGCAUACACGCGAUACACCCUAUCAACCCUCCUCUCCACCCCCCUCGGCCACAUCGCCGCUACAAUGCGCCACUCCGUCGACCCCGCGACCUCAGACAUCGCAUUCCGAACACGUUCCCUCGUCACUUUCCUCGCGCAAUCACCAGACAAUGCAGCGAAAACGAGUCCGACUGCUACUCUCGAUAUGAGCGUGGAUAUUGCGCUUAGCUCGUGGACGAAAGUACCGGCUUACGAGUGGGACUUUGGACUUGGGUUGGGGAAGGCGGUUGCAGUGAGAAGACCGGGGUUUGUGCCUGUGGAGGGGCUGGUGUAUUUGAUGCCGAGGAGUAGGGAGGGGAGUGUGGCUGUUGCGAUGUGUUUGCGAGACGAGGAUUUGGAAGGGCUGGAAAGGGAUGGAGAGUGGGGAAGGAUGGCUACGUAUGUUGGUUAA